ACACGGAAUAAGCUUGUGCAGCUGGAUUAUGUUUUUGUUUGUACAACCGGGAGGGCGCCUGAAGUUCAGAAGGAAUCUCUCAGGUCACUGCGAGAUGGAAGCCAUGUUGGUGUUUGGAGCAUACACGGUAUGUGCUUUCUUUCGAAGCUGCACUGGAAGGCAAGGUGCAUGUUGACGUACGCACGGUAAUGCAAAAGAUGGCUGCUGCUCGAGAGUGGUGCAAUAGGACUGUAUCUGGGAUGCCUGAUCCCAUGGUUCCACCAGCUGAGGGGAGCAUCAUCCAGUUGACGAGCAGCCGGUUCAAGAAGUUGAGACGCUACGAGGCCAAUGCUCUGGCAGUAAAUCCGGGUACACCCGAGUGGAGCUGCUCAAGGAAAAACUUCUGCACGACAAAGUAGUUGUUCUUUCUGAAUGAGAGGAGCUCUCUCUCUCUCCCUCUCUGUCUCUGUGUUUCCACAUUGCUGUGAAGAUGGCUCUUACGUCCACUACCACCAAUGUGCUCAUUGAAUGUCGAGAAAAGUAUCAUGCUCCAAAAGUGUACCCAAGCAAUCGUAUAGCUUGGAUCUUAGGUUUGAAAAAUGGAGACUGGCGAGGAAAUCCAGUGGUCAGUGAGUGCUCGCACCAUUUUUUGUUCUCGGCUUUGCCUGGCGGCAAAGAAUUUGAGAUCCUCCUGGGUAACGAAGAACACUCUGUGUAUUCACCCAUUUGAGCCUCAGAGAAGAAUGACAGUGGCUUCCAGAGGAGUACCGAGUGAAAAUUUUGCUCUCCCAGCUUCGAGGGACGCUCACCUAGCUAGAGCAUAGAAGCAAUGCUAGAUUUGCUUCUUCCGUCCAGAAGCUGGAACAAAGGAAAGAGUAGGAAAAUGUAGAGCCUGGUCAACCUCUAGAACCGAUUCUCCGCGUUCCAGGGGGCUGAUUUGAGGCGCGAGAUUUCGCUGUGGGCAGCUUCACAGAUUCUUGCCGUGGGCGGUAGGGCUCGCCGCAAAGCCACAGCUCGGCCGCUGCCACUAAAGACCAAUCUCUAGGAGCCCUAAAUUGGACGAUUGGCGUGCUUUUAGGGUUCCUCCACUCUAGCCGGUUGGGGCUCGAUCGAUCGAGGUCGCGGUAAGGGGCCAGUGUUGUUUCUUGUUAAGCGUCAAUGGAUGCUCCAGCAGAUGCCGCCAUCGGCAAAUCUGCGUCCUACACCUACUGGGUCCGCGAGGCGACUUGCCAAGCGGAAGUCCCUCGCAAGCUCACGGCCGCCGAGGGGGAUUCGCUCGUCUCGCGGCAAAAUCGCGUCGGCUCGGCGUGGAAUCAGCUGGGGACAUGGGAGGAGAAGAACUUAAAUUCGUGGGCAAUUGCGAGGUUAAAGGAAAUGCUCCUUGCGCUGGAACCGAUCGAGUACGCUGAUGGAUCGGCUCGAGUCACGGAAGUUGUGGGCUGCAGUGGAGAUGCCACAGUCGUGACGGUGCGUAACAAGAAGCGCAUUGGGUAUUCCUUCGACAUCACUCUAGGAUUCCAAGGGAGCUUGCUGUUCGACGAAUUCAAGGACCUGACGGGAACUCUCAAGUUCCUGGACGCAUCUUGUGGCGAGCUGGACGAUCUCCAGAUCGAGGUCGACUUCACCAAGGACGAGGGCCUGCCCGCAGCGGAGAAGAACCGGCUCGCCAAGGAACUCGAGUCGUUUUUGCCGAGAAUUCGCGAGACGCUGCUCAGCUUUGAGCACGAGCUCAAAGACCGGUAGCGGAGCAACUUGGGCCAGGAAUUUGAAGAUGUGGCUCGGAAGGACGCCGUCCCGUAGCUCAUCUCAUAGUUUCCUGAUCGAUUCAUUAUAGUUUCCACCUCGCCAAUUUGUUCUCGUUCACUUCCUGGAAAAUCACAUUACUGUUUUAUUUAAAACAGAAAAAGUUUCUUCGUA